AUGUUAAAAUCUGCCAAAAUCCAGGAAAUUUAUUUAGGUGAUUUAAUCCCUUAUCUGCCAAAUAACUUUCAUGAAAAUCGAGAACUUCACUUUGAAAAUAUCAGAGAAUUCCAUUAUGUUAAUACAGAUUCGCCUGGUUUAUUGAAUAAUUUUGUUGGAAUUGCUAAUGAAAUAAAAAAAAUAAGUGUUGAAAUAAAAAAACCUGACGAGGCUGGUGAUGGAUUUGGUGAACUGAUAAAUCGGCAAUCUAAAUUAAGAAUAAUGCACCUUAUUGUAGAAAAAGAUUGCUCUUUAUUUAGAACUACAUUGGAGGUAUUAUUGGGUAAAUCAGGCUUGUUAACCGAAUUCAAAGGCUAUAUUCACACUAUGGAUGAAAUGUUGAAAGAAGGAGCAGAAUUCACAAACAUGAAAAAAUUGAACCUAUUUAAUCAUUAUGAUGAUGAGAAUAAUUCAAUGAGUUAUUUCAAGCAUGCUGAAUUUCCAUCACUUGAAGAAUUUCAUUUUCAGUUUAAUGCUGAAGGUGAUAUAGAUGAUUUUAUUCAGUUUAUUAGCCAAAAUGGGUCAAAUCUAAAAGUUAUUGUCAUUGAAGGCAAUCCUGACGAAAUUUCACUUGAACUUUUCAUCGAAAAAAUCACAAUAACUUGCAGAAAUUUAAAACGUUUAUCGACCCCUAUAUCACCAUGA